UUACGGGGCUAAACCGUAUUCAGUACGAGGGGUAUAUCGGUCUUUUUAGUUCAACUGUAUGGGUUCUCCGUUAACAAACCGAAAAGCUCUACCAGAAAGUAGAAACUCUAUCUCUGUUCUUCUUCCGUUCAUCAAAUCAGGGUUCUAUAGUUUCAAAUUACUUACAUUCACACAAUUACUGGAGAAGAAAUGGUAGGAGAGUUGAGCAAUACGCCGGCGAAUCAAAAGCAGCAGUCGUCGCUGUCGUACACGGUGGAGCAGCUCGUCGCCGUCAACCCGUACAAUCCCGACAUCCUCCCUGAUAUCGAAAACUACGUUAACGAACAAGUUUCAUCGCAAACCUACAGUUUGAAUGCAAACCUUUGCCUUCUGCGUCUUUACCAGGUUGAGCCCGAGAGAAUGAGCACCCAGAUUGUUGCUCGCAUUUUGAUCAAGGCUCUAAUGGCAAUGCCUGCCCCUGAUUUCAGCCUUUGCCUCUUUUUAAUUCCUGAGAGAGUGCAAAUGGAGGAGCAAUUCAAGACACUCAUUGUUUUAUCGCACUCCUUGGAGACUGCCAGAUUCCGUCAGUUUUGGGAUGAAAUGAAGUUUAUUUUUCAAAAAAAUUAUCAGGUCAUAAACAUCGAAGGCCCAUCUCUGGACAAGUUCAUCGACCACCAUGUGGCUAACUCCGGCUGGACGGUCGAGAAGAAUCAGAAUAAGGGCAGCCACCUCGUCGUACUUCCUCCCACUGAGUUCAACCAUCCUCAACUGAAGAAAAACACAGAAGAUGGUAUUCCAUUGGAGCGAAUUGCUCGAAUGUUCCCCAUUCUUGAGUAGGUCAAGAGUUCAGCUAUAUUAAAUCCAGCAAAUUAUGGAAUUAAAUUAUUUUUUGCCCUUUUUUUCUCGUUAUGCACGUUGCCCGAAUUAUCGUUACAAAUGUGCUUCCAUGGUGUAUAGUGUUUCUGAUCAGGCUCACUCACUAUUACUUGAGCAUGCUAUUCUUGAAAUA